AUGGCGCACGUCACCGAGACCAAGAUGACCAAGUACAAUUGGCCUAAGCAUGUCAAUUGGCUGAACGUCUUCCUCACCGUCCUCAUCCCGCUCUCGGGUUGUAUCGCCGCCUUCUACGUCCCUCUGUGCUGGAAGACUGCCGUCUGGGCCUUCAUCUACUACUUCUUCACUGGCCUGUCUAUCACCGCCGGCUACCACCGUCUCUGGUCUCACACGUCCUAUUCUGCCACUCUUCCUUUGCGCAUCUUCCUCGCGGCCUUCGGCGCCGGUGCUAUCGAGGGUUCCAUCCGGUGGUGGUCGCGCGACCACCGCGCGCACCACCGCUACACCGACACGGAGAAGGACCCGUACUCUGUCAAGAAGGGCCUGUGGUACUCGCACAUGGGCUGGAUCCUGAUGAAGCAGAACCCGAAGCGAAUCGGACGCACGGACAUCAGCGACCUCAACGACGACGUAAUCGUCGUGUUCCAGCACCGGCACUACGUCAAGUGCGCGCUGUUCAUGGGCGUGUUCUUCCCGGCCGUCGUGUCGGGCCUGGUGUGGAACGACUGGGCGGGCGGCAUUGUGUACGCGGGCAUCCUGCGCGUCUUCUUCGUCCAGCAGGCCACCUUCUGCAUCAACUCGAUGGCGCACUGGAUCGGCGAGCAGCCGUUCGACGACCGCAACUCGCCGCGCGACCACGUCCUCACGGCCUUUGCGACGCUGGGCGAAGGCUACCACAACUUUCACCACGAGUUCCCGAGCGACUACCGCAACGCGAUUGAAUGGUACCAGUACGACCCGACCAAAUGGUGCAUCUGGCUGUGGAAGCAGCUCGGGCUCGCCAGCGACCUGAAGCAAUUCCGCGCCAACGAAAUCGAAAAAGGCCGUCUGCAAAUGUCGCAAAAGAAGCUGGACCGUAAGCGCGCGACGCUCGACUGGGGGACGCCGCUGUCGCAGCUGCCCGUCAUGGACUGGGACGACUACGUCGAGCAGUGCCGCAACGGCCGCGCCCUCAUCGCCGUCGCGGGCGUCGUCCACGACGUCUCGGACUUUGUGCGCGACCACCCCGGCGGCAAAGCCAUGAUUAAAGCCGGCAUUGGCAAGGACGCUACCGCUAUGUUUAAUGGUGGCGUGUAUCUGCAUAGUAAUGCGGCGCAUAACUUGCUCUCGACUAUGCGGGUCGGUGUCGUUAGGGGCGGCAUGGAGGUCGAGGUUUGGAAGCGGGCUGGGGAGGGCGGGGUCGAGGUCGCGAAGGAUGGCUUUGGGAAGAGGAUUGUGCGCGCUGAUGAGCAGGUUACUAGGGUUAGGGAGCCGGCGGUUGUGGCGGUGGCGUAGAUUGUGGAGGGGAGGGUGGCGGGGCGCCGGGGUGUGUGUUGACGAUGGAGAGAUUGUAAAAUUAGGAUGGGAUUUGGGAUGGGUUGGAUUGGGAUGUGCUUUGAUAUGAUACCACGAAUAAAUCGGCUAGC